AUGCUAGUUGAUCGAUAUGGUGUGAAGCUUCGUGUAAUACUACUAUCUCAGGUACCAUCUGCCAUAACUCAUUGGCUUCGAUCGCCUUUUCAGUUAGCGACCUUAUCCGUUAGUCAAUGCCUCCACAUUGAGUCGACUAUCUCAUCAUUCGCCCCUCCUCAGCUUUUAACAGCUAUCAAGAACCUCUUCGCUCUACAAAUUCCGAAAGACUUUCGAUAUUCUCGAGAAGAACAUGGUUGGUUGCUUCUGUACCUAUUGUGGAAAGAGCUUCACUCGAAAGGAACAUCUGGAAAGACAUAUCCCAAGCCGGACCUUCUCCAAAGACACCAAGCUAGUUACCACGAAGUCCAAGAUACAAUGCAGAACACUCCAGGAAGAACAACGCAGAUGGCACGGAGGACACCAAUUGCCUGCCUGAACUGUGCCAAUGCAAAGGCUGGGUGUGAUAAAAAUGUUCCUUGCACUCGAUGUUACGAAAAGAACUUGCCAUGCGAGGCUCGCUAUGCUCGUCGAAUUUCGAAGGUGGCAGUUCGUGCAGCGGCAUCUGGUCCAAUCUCGCCAGUAAAUGAUAGGAUGCCACCGCAGUUAAGACAGAUAGACGUGAAUAUGGGGGGUAGUCCGUAUGGAGAUCCCCAACUUAUUUCGCCAAAAAAUACCAUGUACCAGCAAGCCCUUCCGACCCCUGGAAACGAUCUGCCAUUCUCAGACGCCAGUCUCUUCGGAGCAGAUCCUUCGUUAGACAGUCAUGGAUUAAUGGACUUUGGCGAGAACUUUAAUAGCAGCCCAAAUAUCGACUUCCAGGAUUUCUUGUCGUGGGGUGGUGAAUACCCAAUGGUCUUGGAUAACUUCAACAACACCAAUCUUCCAUCACAUAUCGAAAACUUCGACAUGCCACCUUGUGAGUUAAGUGAAUCAAAUUCAAGUUCCUAUGGUCGACAAUCCAGCUCUUCCCGCGCUUCAGUCUCAACAGCACACACUAGACAUUCAAGUAAUGCUUGUCCGACACCAGCAUUAUCUCCAUCCGCCGCCAAAGGUUCCAUUGAUCCAAGAAUCCAGUCCGCAUCAAUCUCAGAAUUCGAAGCUGUCGUUGCGGCGGAGGAUGCAUGGCCGCUCGCCCGGUGCAAUAAACCAAUUUUCUCCGACACAUGUCCUCGCACCGCAAUUGUUCAUCUAGAGACACUUGAACACAAUUCCCAGAAUCUCGUGGCCUGGUCCUCGUUAAUCGACAACCAAGAACUGAUAUCCGGACCACAAUCAUCGAUUUCCAUUGUACCUUUGAAUCCAGCAACCCGAGAUAAAAUCCUAGCCAUCACCCAAAGCUUCCUGCACAAGGCUCUCAGCACACACCGAAGUGGUUUCGGCUGGCCCAAAUCAUCUUCUGGUCAUCCAAGUCCAGGCGGCGGCUUCAGCUUUCUUGUCCUUCCUCCUGCCGAAACCCUAGAAUAUUUCCUUCAAAAUUAUGUUCGAAGUCUAACCUCAUAUUUCUCGUUGGUUAAUGGCGGAACGGUAGAUCCAAAUGAAAUGAUGGCGAAUAAUCAAGCUUCUACCUUACUCCUUCUGUUGAUGAUCGCGCAGGGAGCGUGUUGCCUAGCAUCGCCGGAAGCAAGACAACUUACAGCCGGUCUGACUGAAACAUGUCGCAUAUCUCUUUUCGAUCUCGUCGAAAAAGAUGUUGAGCUAUCUGCAGAUUGUACCGUUUUGAGGUGUGCUUUGAUCUGGACCUUGCUUUCUGCAUGGCAAGGAGAUAAGUGGCAUAUGGAUAUCGCAAUGGGACAGAGGGGAAUGUACUUGGCUAUGCUCAAACAUUCCGGGAUGAUGGAGCCUCAACCUCCGUUCAAUCCCGUCUUCGAUAACAGCACCAGUAAAGACCUCCAAUGGCGAACCUGGGUAAAAAGAGAGACAAAAAUUCGGCUAGUAUAUAACUGGGUAAUGGUCGAUCAAGAACUGUCAUUGUUUCACGAUACCCCUUGUGUUCUUUCCACCACCGAAUUACAAACACCGAUACCGAGCGAGGAAAACCUCUGGCUCGCGAGAGACGCCGAUGAAUGGCUCGCUGCCUUUUAUGCUUCCAAAGACCGACCCGAGAGAAGAGCCUCUCAGCCUGGCAGCUCAAACUCCUACUUCGCUCCAUCUAUAGGAGACCUUUUCCAAGAUUUGCUUCACGACAACAUCCGUGCCCCUGGACAUAUUAGUCCUCUUCAACUUAAGCUUCUUCUUCACCCACUUCACUCCCUAGUCUCUCACCUCCGCCAUGUCUUGACAUGCUUCUCUGACGGUCCAAGCUCCCAUCGUGGAAGCCGGACCAUCACCAAAGCUUCAACAAUGUCAAGACUUGAGGAGGUUCAGUCCUUAUUACAGAAGUGGUAUGGACUUUGUGUUUUCCAUGCUAACGAUGACUCGGUCUCUCCUAUCAUCCAGGAGAACUUGGUUCUCUACCAUCUUAUCAGCUUGAAUGCUGUCACCUCCUUCCCCGACAUCGAACGUGUAGCAAGAAAGGAAUUUGCGUCCGAUCCCACCGCAAACACGCCAUCCUUCUACAAGCGAUGUAUCUACCGACGAGAGGAGGCAUUGUUCCAUUGCGGACAAGUUUUCCGCUUGAUCAACGCGAUGCCAAAGCAUUGCCGACCUCAUUGGUGGUCCGCGGCUGUCUACAGAGCUACUAUGAUCGUUUGGGUCUACAGCCUUUCACAGGCAGCAGCAGGGUCACACAAGGCAGUGAACGAGACAAUCUUCGCCAUCGAUGCGGUGACGCCUGAACACCCGUCGGUGACUUCAUAUCUUUGGAAUGGCGAAGGACUUCCCGUGUUGAGCAGAAAAGACGGUGGUGUGACGGCCCUCGAUCAACCAGGGCCGGUGUUGAAACAUUGUGCAGACCUUCUCACGGAAGGCAUCUCUAGCAGAAUGUCUGAUGGUAUUAGAAGGAAGCUUCAGACAUUGCACAAGAAUUGGUGUUUUGAUACCCCUGAGGGUUUUGCAUGA